AUGUCCGCGAGCCCCGCCACCGAGCACAAGACCCCUCUGCCUCAGGGUGUCCGCACCGGCACUGUCAUGAGAAUCCGAGGCGUCGUCCCAGAACAGGCUGGCAGGUUCCAUAUAAACCUGCUGUGCAGCGAGGAACAGGGGGCAGACGCCGCCCUGCACUUUAACCCGAGGCUCGACACAUCCGAGGUUGUCUUCAACACUAAAGAGCAAGGCAAAUGGGGCCGCGAGGAGCGGGGCUCCGGCAUCCCCUUCCAACGGGGGCAACCCUUUGAAGUGCUCCUCAUAGCCACAGAAGACGGCUUCAAGGCAGUGGUCGGGGACAGUGAGUACCUCCACUUCAAGCACCGGAUGCCACCCGCGAAUGUGCGCGUUGUGGAAGUGGGCGGAGACGUGCAGCUGCACUCAGUGAAUGUCUUCUGA